AUGGCUUCCAACAAUGACGACCAUGAAUCAGUUGCCGAUUCUGAUUCCAAUGCCCCUACCAUCCACACACCCACUUCUACAACUCACACAUCUCCUUCUAUCAUACACACGCCUCCUUCUACCAUCUAUACCCCCCCUUCUACCACCAUUGGCGACGAUAUCCGCGAGGACCAAGGCAAUCAACCCCCUCACCACUUAAGCUCAGUUCCACAGCCUAAUUCUACCUACCUAAUCCGCGCCUCCUCAUCUGGGAGACUCCUGACUUUGGACUCUGGGCGCGUUAUCUUAGCCAAGCCAGGCGAUAACCGUGGCUCUAGCAUCCACUGGAAAUGCACCGAGACCAAAGGAUGGCUCCGUUUUCAGAAUGCCGCUUCUGGUUGCUUUCUCGGCCAUAAUUUCUGGUGCAACAUAUAUUGUGCUGUAACAUGGGCCAGUGGAUGGGAGAGAUUCAGUGUAAAGCCUACACCAAAAGGUGGAUGUUAUUUGAUGAUGCCGCAUUGGUCAAGGCUAUGCAAAAUUGGGAUGAAGGGGGAUUAUCUGGCAAAGCUAGGGGACGAGGAAUAUGGAGAACCCAGAAAAAUUGGAGAGGGAGAGGGACAGAUAAUUGUCUGGGACUUUAUCAAGGUUUAG